ACCUCUUUUUCGCUUUAGUAUUAGGAGGCAGCUUGUGAAAAAGAAGUCGGAUUUAGGUACGAAUCUUUGGUGAAAGUAUGCGAUGCGGUUCCAGGACGUUCAUGCUUUCAGGGCGCAACAUUCGAUGCUGGGUUGAACUGUGAGAAUAUAACCUAAUAGAGACUAUCCAAUGCCUGUCGGCGUGUUUCUGUACUCUGGAAUUCUAAGUCUUACUUUCUCACUCUGUAUACUAUGUGACAUUUUACAGUACUCUGCGAUACACAACACUCGGACACUUUACGGUGUACUUUACGAUGUAUUACGUUAUAAUGCAUACAUUCAUGUGAUGUAUUCUCGAUAAACUACUGUUUACGAGUAACCAAAAUUGUUACGCACACAUUAUAAAUAUUUACACGGCCAGGAACCAGUGGCAUUUAUCAGGGGUAAUCUUACCUCGAUUGUUUUGAUUCCAUCUAUAUACUUUAGAUAUCCUACCUUAUUGUAGGUUAUUCUAAAUUCGUCGAUACUGUUAUAGAUUUCACAAGACUAAUCGUGCAACCGAGUAUGUGCAAGAUAUAAUUCUCUGCUUUCUUGGUUAGCCUCGAGUAAUCCCGAGUAAAAUUUCACUAGUGUUUCAAAGUUUCAAGUCACAACACAUUCUGGAAGAUCGUCGAGUUUCUAAGUUUUUGUGAUUUUGGUGUGUGUCCUUUUAUUUGGUUUGAAUUUCAUUUAUCGUGGUAAGUAAUUAACUGUGGAUGCCGUUACUUUAGUAGCUACGAAGGCUAAAUGCUCUGUAGCUCUUUUUUACAAGUUUGGGCGUAGAUUGCUGUCAAGCUUUGCGACAAUCUCAGAUUCUCGUGCCUGCAAGGGAUAUUGUAUGUUAACCUAAAUUAAACCAGUUGUAUAUUGAAAAUAAUAUUUGAUCCUUGUCAUGCUUCUGAGAGCACGGUUGGAACGAUGCUCUGCAAGCUCAUUAAAAUGUUUAUCGAAAUGAUUGCUCCUUUGGAAGUAAGUAAAUAAGUGAUAUUAUUUUUCCCGCACAUGAAUAAUUCGAAGCACAAAAUUUCACUUAUGUUUAGUUAGAAGCAAGUCCAGUUUGCACGUCUAAUCGAUUUUACUUCCAAGAAGUCUGUACUCGACUACUAUUGUUACGUAUGAAUACAUGUAAUUACAUAAUUCUAUUACGUUCUUUAGAGAUUAUAUUGUUCUGAACAGAAAGAAAAUCUGGUAAGUAGAUGGCAAAUUGUGGUUUAAUUGUACUGUGAGCUCAUGCUCACUGAAGGUAGAUACAAAAGGGGGAUACAGCUAUACGAAAGUAAGGGAGUUACAACCUGAGUUAUUGUCUCGUCUGAUAAUAUCUCGCUGCUUUCAGGCAGGGUAUGGGAGAACGUUCUCUGAAGAAUAGAGGGACGAAAACCAUGCAGAACUUUGACGAUCUCGACAUCGAGGGACGCAAUCCCUCUCGUAUAUCCGAAGAGGAACGGGAAAAGGAAGAGCAUGACCGGAAGCGCUUGAUGCGAAGCAGUGUCACUGCGGAGGAUGGAACUCUGAGACCAGUGUACUCCGAGACAGAUGACGGAGACAUAUGGUGCCACAUAUGCAAUGUAGCCCUCUUCGGAGCCCACAAGCUUAUCAGUCACAAUUCCUGCAACCGUCACAAGAUAAAAUUAGACGAGUGGCCCUACCCAGUGCUUCUGUGGUCAAAGAGAACCGACAAUGUGAAAAAGUCCACUCCGAAUACUCAGGGUGGAAGCUUGACCGAGCCCCUGGCUCCAGGGGAGCCUGUGCCCCCAGGUAUGGAAGACACCCUGACGAGGACUACAGCGAUCCAGGUGAGCCUGGAUCGCCAUCGAAGCUCGCCUUUGGUCGGCCUCGAGUACCUUCUGGAGCUCGUGGACAACGACUCCUGCGAGCCCAGUUACACUUGCGUGUUGUGCGACAAGAGGGGCGACCCGCGUACCGUGAUGGCCCACAUAACGAGCUACAACCACCGCAUAACGUACCUUAACAGGCACUUUCCCACGAUAUCGCGCGCUAUCACCGAGCUACCGCGCACCGCCAACUACAAGCGCGGGGCCAAUGAAAUUUCCGUUUUGGUGGCCAAGAAGAUCGAAGAACACUUCGGCAGGCUGCAGCCUCAGCUCGUCGACAAGAAUCAGUUUGAGAAGAGCAAGAUGCAGUACAUCAAGCGGGUCUAUCAGGACUUCCACUUUAGGGAAACGCCAGAGUUAACGUUUAUGGAAGUUUACGAUGUGCGAUGGGUGACGAACUUUGAAGAGAAGAUGGCGGAGUUGAGUGUUGGUGGGAGUGGUGGUGUUGGGAUCGCGAAGAAAGAUCUACCCUCUACGGAACCCGAGAAGAUCGAAGAGAAACCGAAGAAGGAGGAGAAGAAGGUUGAGAAGACCCCGUUGAAGAAGGUCGACCCCAAGACAGAUAACACUAAGCAGUUCAAAAUCCGCAUAUUGACCAAGGACAAGCUGAACAUCCGCGGUCCGAGUAAGCCGGAGGAGAAGCCGAAGAAGAAGUCCCCAGUCCGACCCUCGGACGACACCAAGUCGUUGUCUUCCCUGUCGAGUAUUUCCAGCAGUCCGUCACCCUCGCGCUCUAGAUCCCGUUCUCCAGGACGGACGAAAAAGAAUAGUUUGGCCGAUAAAGGUAGUACUAGCGGUAAAUAUAAGUACAGGCCUCGGUACUCCAGGGAACUGGAGCGCGACCGGGACCGGGAGCGUGAUCGCGAGCGUUCGCGUUCCCUAGAGCCCCUGAAGGAGCGGGACAAGUGGGAGAAGUAUCGGGAACAGAUUCGCCGAGCUGAGGAGACCCUGGACAGGGCCCUGAAGUUCCACGAGAAGAACCCGGAGAAACAUCCGGCGUACCCUGAUGAGUGGAAGAAGUUCUGGAACCGGAGGUACAAGGAACUCCAAGCGGAAGGUAAGGACCCCAGCAAGCACGAUUACAAGCCCGAGUGGAUAGAAUUCUGGAACAAGCGGAUGCGCGAGAUUCACAACGAGCAGCUGAAACAAAGAAAAGAGGAGAUCAGGAAGCGGUUGGAGCUGCCCGAAGACAAGCCACCGGAGAAAUGGGUGCCUCCUCCUAAGAGGGAAAGGUCCCCGAAGAGGAGGCACGCGGUGGACAGCGACGACGACGUGGAGUACGUCGGGACGAAGAUGAAGGUCGAGUAUCACGAAAGCAGAGAUCGCCACGAAGCGAGGGAGCGGGAGUACCUGUACGCAUAUUCUCGGGGAAGAGGUGGCACUUAUAGAGGGUAUUACCCCAGGCCACCUGCGAGACCCCGGUACGCCUUACCGUAUCCUACGAAAGAGGACUCUCCGGGUCCUUCGCUCCCGGAGGAGCCUUUUAACGAGGAUUUGGAAAUCGUGGGUCUCCUGCGACUUCUGACAGCACUGGAGGGCCAGCUAGGGUCUCUGGGUCCUAAAAUAGUGUCCCUACUUUCUCGCGCUCUGGCGGCCGAGAAGGUGAAGCCCAAUUCUGCCGAAGAUCUGUUGUUCGACGAGGAGGUCAACGUUCUGUUCGAGACCGUGAAGGAGAAGCUGAAAGGUCAGCUCUUCGCCGGGAUGAUCGAGAAGAUGGCUAUUGUGCCGACGAAGACCGCCAUUCAGAAUAUCGCCCAGCUACUGCACAAGGCGUCCGAGACCAAGAAGAAGCUGGAGGAGGAGAAGAGGAAGCUCAAGGAGAUGCUGGAGAAGCCGAAGCCCGUGAGCUAUCUGAGCAGGACUCUGUAUUCCAGACCUGUAGAGGUACCUCCGGUGAAAUCGGAACCCGUUAGCGUUCCUGGCGUGGGUGCCGUCGAUAAGGUCGCCAUUGCUCAGCAGAUCGCCGCCGCGUUGAUCGCUCAGGGUAGACCCAACGUCUCCCAGGACGAGCUGGAGACGUUGAUCAACGCCGUGGUCGGCAUGGCCGAAGCGUCCAAGAACUCGGACAAACCCAUCACCACUGCCGAUUUUGUCAAGGGCUUAUCCCAAGGGAACAUCUCGGCGACCCCGACCCCGUCCGCUCCUCCUCCAGCUCCUAAACCUCUCGACAGUGCCGAAGCCCACGCGGCCAGAAUGGAGACCCUCUCCGAUGUCGAUCUGAAGCUUCUCCUGCAGAACUUCAAGGAAUUGAGCACCGACGAGCAGCACGGUCUGAUCAAUUUCUUGAAGAAGCUGGAGGCAACGGAUCCUGGCCGCGUGGAGAAGCUGAGGGCUUUCGUAAACCUAGGGACCGGUCCAACCAUCUCCAAAAAGGAGAAGUCGCCGUCUCCCGACAAAGGGGACAUCAUCAGGACCGGCAGGAGCAACUCGCCGUUCUCCACCAGGAAGAGCAACCAGAACCCACCGGACGACGAGCUCAAGUGGAAACCCAAACUCGACAUGUUCGCGGAGGACGACGACGAGGAGAAAAAGAAGAAGGAGGAGGAGAAGCCGAAGGCUAAGCUGGACCUCUCCGAUGAUGACGAUGACUACACGUUCGAGGACAUCUACAAGGCGGCCGAUAAGAACGUUAACGAGAGCGAGAAGGCGAAGAAAAAGUACAAAGGAAGCGCCUCUCCGCAGAGAUCCAGGUCUGUCAGGUCUCCAAAAUCCUGGUCCAGGUCUAGGUCCAGGUCCAGGUCCAUGUCGAGGUCGAGAUCGCGGUCCAGGUCUCCUCUGGCUAAGUCUAAGGACCUCGCCAAGAGCACCGACCCCAACGCUAUCCUGAACGAGACCAAGCGACUCAUAGCGAACAUCAUGGGCGAUCUGCCCAACAAGUACGUCCCCAAGUCGCACAUCAAUGUCGCGCAUCAGGAGGACUCGGAGCCCACGGGACCUCCUGGUUCCACGCCCAUCUCAGUCCCAGUUAAUUAUAGCCAGGGUUAUGUUGGGAAUCCCUCCGGUUCCCAACAACUGCAAGGUCCUGGACAAAUGCCCUUCCCGGGGAUGUCCGGCCAGUUCCAGAACUAUCCAGGGCCCAACCAACAAGUCUAUAAUGGUAACCCUAACUAUAUCAACAACGGGUACAACUAUGCUCAAGCUUACGGGAACAUGGGGGGCCAACCACAGUACAACCAACCUUCCAUGGCCCCGAAUCAGUACCCUAACCAACAGAUGUAUGGAACUCCACAAUAUGGCGGAGCGCCUCAAGUCACCCCUGGAUAUCCCCAGCAACAACAGCAAUAUGCAAACUACUCCCAGCAACGGUUUUACUGAUCCUCAACGACUACUGACUAGCUCGACGUAGAGCUGGCAGUGAAUCUCGCCGAGAUACCAGAAAUCUGAUGAAUCGUUGCUCUUCGUGUCUGACCUCGACGGCAGCCUUCGGUCUCCGUGAGAAAAUGGCCUCCGGAGAUUAAGCAGAUUUUUUCUGUAGCGUUUUCUACUACUCGACCGAUGUUAUCGGUGUGGACUGUUUUAGUGGCCGUCGGGGUUUAAUGAUCGCCGUUAGGACGCACUUUGCGAUGGAUUUUUAUUGAUAAAACCUGCUGUGAACAAAUCCGUCGUCUUGUCCUGUACUAUGAUCUAGAUACGAACAAUGCCAUUGGUUCCGCGGGUCGAGAUGAACCGCUCGGAUUCGAUUAGAGUUCACACGAAUGAUCGACGCCAAUUAUCGUGAUGUAUCGCAUUAUAUAUAUUUUUUUUUUCCUUUUUUUUUUCUUCCAUUCGACGAGCCCGUUACGAUAGGUCGACAAGGCCGGGACGUGUUAAUUUAGGAAUGGUUAUUAUCGGUUUGUUCCGUCGCAUCUUUUCGGAGGAAUGCGAAAACCCGCUUCGAGGGUGGUUUUAAUAUGUUCGCGUUAUCUGGACAUUAUUAAACGGACACAGGGAGAAUACAGGCCCGUUUUAUGUGUCCUUGGCGCGAGACUCUAACGAUCUUUACCCCGUUUCGUCGCGAUGCAUUCCGCAGAGAAUUCAUCCAAGGAAACGGUCGGUACGUUUGAAGCGACACCUGGAAGCUCGCCGAGUUUCGCGUCAGCAUAAUUUCUAAGUCUUUUUAAACCCCGGAUUCUCGAAGCGGCUACUUUUAACGUAUUGUACAGACAUUCGACGCGGACCCGCCGAGGCGCGGCUCGUCCGCCAUUUUGUGAACACGUGCGAGUGAUGUAACGGACAAGUCCCUCGUGCAUCGGUGUGCAACAAUCCUCCCACCUUAAACGGAAACGGACAAGAAUAUUUACCGAAGCUUUACGAAGCUGCCGAGGAUGCUCGGAGCUGACUUCCCGCCACGUGAGUUUAGAAAUACCGAAGCUUCUCGCGGCAUCCGCUCGCGAAUCGGAAAUACAAGAUGGCGUCGGUAGGCUCACGUGACCGAGUCACCUCGGGACCCGCCUAAACGACAUAAGAGAAAGUAAGAGGAAAAGGUCCUGCGGAGUCUUCUGAAGACGGCCGAGGAUGUCCCCAGGGUGGGCGCGAGGGAGUAUUGCGCGACUCCUUACGCUCGCUAUCACUUAAUCGUUAAGUAGACCGGUACUCCUACCGAGUAUUUGAAAUUGCACGUUGACUAGAGUGUUUCCAAGAGAGUUCAGUCUGGUUGUCGCGCGUCCCGACAUGUUUAUAUCUCGCGAACGAGUAGAGGACGCGUCGAGAACCUUCGGGUCGAGGUCACGCGAGCGUAGUUUCAACGUUCCUUGCGAUGGACGUUGCGUCAUAACAAAGAUGGCGCGUGCCGCCCGUGUACAUGGUAAUAGGUUAUGAUAUACUUUUACAACGGACGCAACGACAGAGGUUGAAACAACGCUCCGGUGGCCCCGGCCUCGCGCGGCACGUAUCCGCGCAUAGAGCAUGCACACAAGUAUAUAAAUAAGAGAAAUAAACGCCAUGGUAAGAGAA